AUGGAUUCAUUUCAUGAAAAAUUUAUAAUUAGAGAAAAAAAUUAUCAUAUAAAUUAUGCAGCUUUAUAUUACGCGAGAUUAGUAGAACUUAAACCUAUUGUUCUUGAAUCUGCGCGUAGGAAAUGGCGCGAAACGCGAGAUAUAAGGCCUGAUGAAAUAUGUUAUAUGAUUGGAACAGUUUAUAUUGAAAUGGCUAACAAACCAAAUAUUCUUGAUGAAAUUACUAAAGAUCAUACAGAACCCCCGCCUCCACCAGUUUAUAAAUAUUGUGGUGAUAAUGAUGAUAUUAUGUUGGAGGAUGGAUCUGGAAGAAUAAGUUUAGUUGGUGACGUAAUAAAAAAUGAAAUAUUAACUACAGGUGUAAUAAUGGCAGUAUUAGGCAGACAAACAUCGGAUGGAAAAUUUGAAGUAAUGGAUCUUUGUUUUGCUGACUUAGCACCUCAAGAAGUUGUACAUCGUAUGGAACUAGAUGAGCAAAAUUAUGUAGCUUUUAUCAGUGGUAUGAAUAUUUCUGAAGAUAGUUUAUCGAGAUUACAAAUGCAAAUGAUGGUUGAAUAUUUAACUGGUGAACUUGGAAACCUUCAUACAAGACAAGGAAAUGAUAAUUCUGGUCUUAAUAAUGAAUUAUUUUCAGAAUUAGAUUAUAUUUUUGAUGAUAUAUGCAAGUCAACUCCCUUAGAUUUAAUGCCAGGAGCCAAUGAUCCAACAAAUACAACUUUUCCACAACAACCAAUUCAAGUCAAUUUAUUCACAAAAGCUCAUCAAAACUCAAAUUUUAAUUGCACAUCAGGUCAAACAAUCGAUGAUAUUUUUAGAUAUGUAGAAUGUGAUGAUAGACUUUUAUUUGCUGAGAAAACUUUAUAUUGGAGACAUAUUGCACCAACUGCACCUGAUACUCUAUUUUGUUAUCCAUUCCAAGAUGAAGAUCCUUUAAUAAUAAACCAAACACCCCAUGUUUACUUUAUUGGAAAUCAAAAAGAAUUUAAAACCUGUUUAUUAAAAGGAUCAAAGAAUCAAACUACACGAAUAAUCUUACUGCCUACAUUUUCUACAACAGGAUUGAUAGUUCUUUUGAAUUUAAACAAUCUCGAUUGUCAUACCAUAUCUUUUUCUUUUAAAAUUUAA